GGAUGGAUAAAUACGAAGAAUCACUCGCAGAUUUAAAUAAAUCAUUAGAAAUAGAUCCAAAUAAUGCAAACACAUUAAGCAAUCGUGGUUCAACUUAUCAUGAUGAUAUCGAAAUCAAAUCAAAUAAUACGGAAACAUUAAAUAAAUCAUUAGAAAUUGGUCCAAGUAAUGUAAUGAUUAAUGAUCCAAGAAAAUCAAUGGGAACAGAACAAUAUGAUGAAACUAUACUAAAUAAUCUCAGAUUAUGUUAUAAAAUGGAUAUCGACAGUGAUGGCAGUCACGACGAUGAUGGUAACAAUAAAUUGCAUGAAGAUUUAACGAUUGAUAACCUAAUGAGUAGAUAUGAAGAAUUGUUUUUAGCAUUAAACAAUUUAUUAAAAAUUGAGCCAAAUAAUGUAAAGGCGUUGAUUAAGCGUGAAAUUCGUGGAAUAACUCAUCGUAAAAUUUUUAAAUAUGAAGAAUCACUUGCGGAUUUAAAUAAAGCACUAAAAGAACUAAAUGAAAAACAACUUGAAAUUAAAAAUGAAUUUUUAGAAGCAGAUAAAAUUAAAGAUAAGCGUUUAACGUUAUUAAAAAAUUCGAGCCAUCAAAACACGAAAUAUACAUCUCAACUUAUAGGGUCAAUGGAAAACCUUUACAUUAAUUCAUAUAGUGGGUUUGAAUGA